UGCUUUCCUCCCCGUUUGUAACCAUUGUCCCGGAGUGUUUUUGCGCUCCAGUAAGGUCUGAUGGGCUCGACGUGGACCACCCCUCACUGCGGUGCAGUAGUGAAAGAUAAAUAUAUCCCCCUCCACCUCCUCCUCCUUUCGUUGAGUCCGCAACAUCCUGACUGGCCGGGGCUGGUGAUCGCAGGCAGCGGCAGCGGCAAGCCCCCCACAAGACGGAUGAAUUAGAAAACCUGCUGUAGCCACCGCCACCCCCUCUUUUCUUUUAUUUGUUUUAUAUAGUGAAGAGUCGGGCUGUAAACACUGCCGCCCUCAUCUUGAGUGUGAAGCGGAUACAAGGCUUCCAGUGUGCUGAUUCACCAUGGGGAUCAAGGCUGCCCUCCCCAGAUAUGAGCUGUAUCUCUACACAGCCGUACUCAGCGGGGCCUUGAUAUGGGCAGGCAGUUGGGUAUAUGAAGCUUCAAGUGAGAAUGUAAACAGAAAGACCUUCAAAGAAAGUGUGAAGCCAGGAUGGCAUUACUUUGGCAGGAAAAUGGAUGUUGCGGACUUCGAAUGGAUGAUGUGGUUCUCUACAUUCCGCAAUCAUAUCCUUUUUGCUCUCACCGGUCACGUUAUCUUUGCCAAGAUAUUUACUCUGCUAGUUCCAAAGAUUGGUAUAGAUGGAUGUAAGCACAGAUCCUUGAUCUUUGGUGUGUACGGUGGUUUGGCAGUCCUGAUCACGAUGGGCUGGACCUUCAUGGCUCUAGUUCUGUCUCACUGCAUCAUACUCUACAGCGUGGCCCUGGUCAAGAGCAAGUGGAUGUGCUUUGCAGCCGGCCUGGCCACACUGUCCUCCAUCAAGCUGGAGCCCUAUAACUCUUGGCAGGAGUCCUUGGUGACUGGCUCUUUUGACCUGCAAGACAUCCUGUUCUAUGGAGGCUGCGGCUUCAGCAUCAUGCGCUGUAUGAGCUUUGCACUGGAGAACUGUGAGAAGAAGGAUGGCAACUACACAUUCUCUGACCUGCUGAAAUACAACUUCUACCUCCCCUUCUUCUUCUUUGGACCCAUCAUGACUUUCGACAGGUAUCAUGUCCAGGUGAACAACACCCAGCUGAUUCGUAAGGAUAGGGAGAUGUGGAACAUCACCACCAAGGCCUUGUUGCAUCUGGGAGUCAUUCUGGUGGUGGACGUCUUCUUCCACUACCUCUACAUCCUGACAAUCCCCAGUGACAUGAAGCUGGUCACCAGGCUUUCUGACUGGUGUCUGGCUGGUCUGGCAUAUUCCAACCUUGUGUAUGACUGGGUCAAAUCAGCCAUGAUGUUUGGUGUCAUCAACACUGUGGCUACACUGGACCACCUGGACCCUCCUCAGCCUCCCAAGUGUAUCACCAUGCUCUACGUCUUCGCUGAGACGCACUUUGACAGAGGCAUCAAUGACUGGCUGUGCAAGUAUGUUUACGACUUUAUCGGCGGGGAUCACGAUAAAAUCUUCAAGGAGCUCCUGGCAACCAUCUGCACCUUUGCUAUCACCACCCUGUGGCUGGGCCCAUGUGAGCUGGUUUAUAUCUGGUCCUUUUUCAACUGCUUUGGCCUCAACUUUGAGCUGUGGGUGGCCAAGUUCUUCUCCAUUCCACCAUUUUCUACCAUCGAGGGUGCAAUGGGCGAAGCCAUGUCACGCAGGAUCCGGGGUGUGUUUAAUGCUGCCAACUUCUGGGCUAUUGUCCUCUACAACAUUCUCGCCCUGAACAAUUUGGAGUUUGCCAAACUGGUGGGAAGACGACUGAUUUUCAAAGGGUUUCCUCUGUCCUCCCUCUCAGUGUUACUUGUGACCUACUGUGGCGUGCAGCUGGUGAAAGAAAGGGAGAGACAACAAGCCCUGCUGGACGAUCCGGAGCCAGUGAAGCCCGUGGAUGGUGGCAAAGAAAAAGCAGAAUAAACGGGCAGAAAAAGUGACUUUCACAGACUUCGUGGUCAACAGCACCCUCACAUUGUUCCAUCCUCGGCCUUGUGAACUGCACCGAACCAGACUGUAACAGCCAGUCAGCACCUACUGUAUAUUGCUCACAAGCCCGUCCUUUUGCUUGUGUUUGUCAGAAGCGAGGCAAUGUUUUGAACUGUGAAAUAUCCUCAAGUGCACUUGCUGUAGAUAAUCGCCACGUCCUUUGGCACAAACCCACCGAUGGUGCAUUUUUCUAUUUGUAUAAAAGAUUGUUUAGCAAAUGAUAGGCCUGCCAAAUAUUUUAUGAAGCUAUACCUAAUAGUAUAUAUAAGGACAUGAAGUAUUGUAAAGGAACAACUACUUUGCUCUGUGGGGUUGUCUCCUGUCUUCACUUUUGAUUUUUCUCAGAUUUGGACAUUCUUCCUUUUUUUAAUCAUCAUCAUUAUGAUUAUUUUUAGUCAGAUGGGCUCUCAAUUAUGCCUUAGACACCUUGUCAUCACAAUGUUAAUGAAAGGGUUAAAAACUUGGAAUCAGGGUGCAAUGUAUGGAGUGCAAUGUAGAAAAUAAACAAAGGGUGCUGUGUGAGUCCUCCACAAAGCUUGCAGCUGAUUGUAAUGUAUAUUUGCUCUGCUGUCUCUAAACAGGUAUACAAAUCCUAAUGUAUAGCAUAGUCUAAUUGAAUGUUUACUGAGAAUGUAUUUCAUCUCUGAGACUGAAUGUAGAUUCAGAGAAGGACAGCUUUACUCCACCACCGUAUCGUCUAUAAGAGAUUACUGUAGGUGUGAUGUUUGGGCAUAUCUUCCCAACACCUUCUUUCACAUGAUCCAGGCCCACAGUCCACUAUGACGGGCAACAGGCCCAGGAGGGAAUAUCGGUUAGUCUUAUCCUGCCUGUCACCAGAACCUGCUGCGUGUCUUCCGUGCAGCAGGCGCUGAGAGUUUUUUUGCAGAUUGUCAUGCCCUUUCUCAAUGUAGGGUUUUUAUUCAGAGGUGUUCAUUUAAAACGUUUGACUCGAAUAAAGUUUUGUUUC